UGUCUUACAUGGAAAUAUCUUACUCAAGCGUAUUGCCGCUGUUAAUGCUGUUGGCAUUGCGGUGGAUUGUGAUGCACUUAGCUGCAUGUGCGAUACAUUACUCUCCCGGUAUUUUCAAAUUUCCGAUAAGUUUUGUGAGAAUUGUGACUCGCCGAUACUGCAGCUCUGUUGCAGAGAUGUCGAUUGACAGGAAGAGUACAGCCAAGGUUGAUUACUUGAAGGAGAUAGAGAAGCAGAUCCAAAAAAGAUGGGCUGAGAAUAAAACCUUUGAAGUGGACUCUCUUCCUCCCGGAUCACCGGAUCCAAAGAAGGAAAAGUUCUUUUGCACAUUUCCAUAUCCUUAUAUGAAUGGAAGACUUCAUCUUGGACACACAUUUACUAUUUCAAAGGCUGAGUUUGCUACUGGUUAUGAACGACUGAAAGGCAAGAGAUGUCUUUUUCCAUUUGGACUGCACUGUACAGGCAUGCCAAUCAAGGCCUGUGCAGACAAACUGAAGCGGGAAAUGGCUGAUUUUGGAUUUCCUCCAAAGUUUCCUGAGAAAGUUGAAAAAGAGGAAUCAAAACAGAUGAAAAGCAAAAUUGCAGCCAAGACAGGUGGUUUGGAGUAUCAGUGGCAAAUUAUGCAGUCAAUUGGAUUAAGUGAUGAGGAAAUAAGAAAGUUUGCUGAGGCUGAUUACUGGUUACAUUAUUUUCCACCAUUGGCAAAAUCUGAUCUACAAAGUAUGGGACUGAAGGUAGACUGGAGACGGUCAUUUAUCACCACACAUGUCAAUCCAUACUAUGACUCCUUUGUAAGGUGGCACUUCUGGACUCUUAAAGAUGGUGGAAAUAUCAAGUUUGGCAAAAGAUACACAAUAUUUUCCCCUAAGGAUGGCCAGCCCUGUAUGGAUCAUGACCGGCAGACAGGAGAGGGAGUAGCACCUCAGGAAUACACUGGAAUCAAAAUGAAGAUUUGUGAACCAUUCAAAGGGAAACUGAGUGCAUUGUCUGGAAAGAAUGUAUUUCUAUUGGCUGCUACACUGAGACCAGAAACCAUGUAUGGACAAACAAACUGUUGGGUUCAGCCAGACAUCAAGUACAUUGCCUUUGAGACAAACAUCGAAAAUGAGAUCUAUAUCAGCACUCGACGAGGAGCAAGGAACAUGUCCUAUCAAGGUUUCACCCCAAAGGAGGGAGUUGUUAAUAUUCUGCUAGAACUGACUGGACAGGACAUAAUGGGAAUUCCUCUGGAUGCUCCGCUGACACAUCACAAAGUGGUUUACACUCUUCCCAUGUUGACUAUCAAAGAAGACAAAGGUACCGGUAUUGUGACGUCAGUUCCCUCAGAUGCUCCAGAUGAUUAGGCUGCCUUGAGAGAUGUUAAGAACAAGCAGGCAUUCAGACAGAAAUAUGGUAUUACGGAUGAGAUGGUUCUACCAUAUGAACCUAUUCCCAUCAUCCGGGUUCCUGGCUAUGGGGACCUCUGUGCGGUUAAGGCCUGUGACGACCUCAAGAUAAAGAGCCAGAAUGAUAAGGAUCUCCUGGUGGAAGCAAAAGAACUCACUUACAAGAAGGCCUUUUAUGAGGGAACAAUCAUUGUUGGGGAAUAUGCCGGCCAUAAGGUUCAAGACGUGAAGAAACUUGUGCAGAAGAAAAUGUUAGACAGCGGUGAAGCACGGAUCUACAUGGAGCCAGAGAGGAAGGUCAUUUCGCGGUCAGCGGAUGAGUGCGUUGUUGCUCUUUGCGACCAGUGGUUCCUGGAUUAUGGCGAUGAAUCCUGGAAAAAUACUGCGAGGGAAUCCCUGAAAACUUUGAACACAUAUGCUGAGGAAACCAGGCGCAACUUUGAAGCCACCCUAGAUUGGAUUCAGGAACAUGCGUGUUCAUGGUCUUAUGGUCUCGGUACUCGUUUACCUUGGGACGAGCAGUAUCUGAUUGAGUCGCUGUCUGAUUCCACCAUUUACAAUGCUUACUACACGGUCGCGCAUCUGUUACAAGAGGGCUCCUUUGACGGUUCUGCCGGCGGGCCCCUAGGAAUAAGGGCGGAACAGAUCACCAGAGAGGUGUGGGAUUAUGUCUUUUUUAAAGAUGCACCUUUUCCUAAAACAGACAUAUCAAUGGAUAAAUUGAA